AUGUCUAAUUACCUCAGUCUGCAUUGCCCUGCAUUCGAUCCCGGUAUAUCUGAACAACAAAUAGCCCUACACAACCGAAUGGACGACGGUUCCCCUCUCACACCUACCACCACCCACAGGCCUCGCCUUCAGAGAGCCCGCAACGGGUCUUCUGCGUCGAUCAUGUCGUCAACUUCGUCCAUCUUCUCCGAAUCCGUACCACCACCAAUGGAAAGCUAUCUGUUUUCCCCAGACUUUGAUGAUGCUCUCUACAACUUCUACAUCAACUAUGCACACCAUCCCACAACAACCCCCUUUGACACCAGAUACCCACCUUCGGGUGUGCUUUCACAGCUGUCUCGUCUGUUUGCAGACACGUAUAUCCUCAACACGGAAACACCACUUGCCAUUGACACAAGACCAGACAUCAACAACGAUUUACUUAACGGGCCUACACAGACAUUACUAGCCGUCAUUAGACGUAGACUUAUACACCUCUCGAUGGGUUCUCAUGGCGCCUUUUGUCAACCUGUGUCUCUUUCCAGGACAGCGUCGGUAGCAUCCACAAUGUCCAUCUCAGACACCGUCGAUCACCAUCAACUGCCGCCACUACAAUUUCCAUCACAGACACAGCUAAUACAACCAAUCCAACCGCCACCGCCACCACGCCCACAACUCUCUCUGGCGAAUCCAAGGGCCCUUCGCUCGCCAUCUAUAUCUUCAACGAACAACGGAAUUACAAACAUGGGCAGUAGUUCAAACAAUCUCCAGACUCUCAACUCUCUCUCGCUAUCGUUGAAACAUCCACAGUUCCAAGGCCUAUUCUCCCCACUGGAUGUCCACAGUCCGUACGAACAGAACGUUCCUUCCCCACUGGCCCCCACCGUUCCGGCUGUUCCGGGAACCGCACCUUCAUUCGAGUCGGACGAUCUCUACAAUGCAACGGCUGCCCGCAAAAGAGACUCUCUCAAGAUGAAGAGAAGAUAG